ACUAUUCUAUAUUUUCAAACAUGUCGGACUGGGGCCCAGUGUUUGUGUCUAUUGUGCUAUUUGUUUUGUUGACGCCAGGGUUGUUGUUUCAGUUACCUGGAAGGUCAAGAUGUGUUGAAUUUGGGAAUUUUCAAACAAGUGGUGCUUCAAUACUCAUUCACUCACUUCUCUAUUUUGCUUUCAUCUGCAUUUUCUUGAUCGCUGUUAAGAUUCACUUGUACCUAGGCUAAUUCUUACUUAUAUCAUUUUUAUCACACUUUAUUUUCUCUUUCUGAUUGGCUACUAUUUUAUUCUUGUUCUUAAUAGCAAACAACGCUGCUUGUACUGUAUUCUCAAUUUUCCUUUUAUUCAAUGGAUUCUAGUACUUUCUUCUA